AUGACCGUCGUGUACUGUGUGGCCUACUUUGUAGUGUUUCUGGUGGGCCUGGUCGGUAAUAGUUUCGUAAUCGCCGUCGUGUUCCGAGCGCCCCGGAUGCGAACCGUAACCAACUUCUUCAUCGUGAACCUGGCGGUGGCCGACGUGCUGGUGAUAGUUUUCUGUCUCCCAGCGACACUCAUGAGCAACAUCUUCGUGCCGUGGAUGCUCGGCUGGCUGAUGUGUAAAACUGUACCUUACAUACAGGGAGUUUCAGUAGCUGCCUCCGUCUAUAGUCUGAUAGCGGUUUCGCUUGAUCGGUGA